UCUUCACCAGCCUAAAAAACUCCUCACCAUCUCUCUCUCUCCGAGACAGGAAAAACGCAAGCAACAGAGACACUGAGCCUCGUGUCAUUGGCAUGCACUAAACUAAAAAAACAUGUGGCCUGCCGGCGCCGAGCACCCCAUGGCCAUGGGCCACGGCCCGGCGGCAUCGUCGCCGAGCUCGAGCGCGACGUUUCGGGCGCCGCACUCUCCGUGGCAGUCGCCGGUGCCGUACCUCUUCGGCGGGCUCGCCGCGAUGCUGGGGCUCAUCGCGCUGUCGCUGCUCGCCCUGGCCUGCUCCUACUGGAAGCUCUCCGGCAGCCUCGCCACCGGAGAGCCGGACGACCUCGACCACCAGGCAGGCACGGGGAGCCGGAGCGGCGACGGCGGCGAGAAGGGCUCGGCGGCAGGCAAGGCCGGGCGGGCCGGGGAUCAGUGGCGGGAGCACGUGGUGGUCAUCAUGGCCGGCGACGAGAGGCCGACGUUCCUGGCCACGCCGGCUUCUGGCCGAGCCGACGAAGCGGCUUCGAGGUGCGGUGGCAUCUCAGAGGAGGGGGUGUGCGUGGAGUGCGGGGCGAGCGCGCCGUCGGCUAGCUCGGUCGACGACGAGCUGCGCCGAAGUGAGCGCGGUGGUCUUAGUGGUAGUUCUGUAAUUAGUAGGACAUGAAAGCUAGUGAGAAGAACUGGUUAGCUCCUUUUCUUGCAUUUUUUUUCUUUUUAAAAUUAUAGGUAACCUUAUACAUACACAUAUCACUACUCACGUACACCAUAUUUAUAUAUAAGUACAUAUUUAUCACAUAAUUAUAGAUAAUAGUACUAAAAACACUCGUAUAUAUAUAAA